UUGGUCCUCUUCUGUAAUCUCGCAUUGAAUUUCCUUCAGAAUAUCAUAUUAUGAUUUAUUUUUCAAGGACUUCAAUGUAUUUAUUGAUUUUUGCAAACAGAAAAAGGAUAUACAGUGCAUUGCUUUAGACAAGCAUGAACUGGUCAACCAGUUAAAGAUUUUACAAAUAUUUGACUGACCAAUAUGAUGGACACCUAAUAAAGGUCGUCUCAGAACUUUGAAAGAACUGUGAUGUAUAUAGAGGCUAAAGAGUGGAAUGAAAUAUUUGUGAUUAAAUUGAGAGAAAAAAGGAAAUUACAUUUGGACUGUUACUUAAAAUGGAGAAGAUAAAAGAAAGAAUUGAGCGCUGCAUGACAGCAAGACCUCACACAGACCUACAGUCAGAGAUCCUCAAUGUGAUAGCUGCACCAAUCUACCUGUAUACCAUAACUGGUGUAUUCUAUUACUCGUGUGUUUUUAUUAUGCCGUAUUACUAUGGAAGCGGUACAUGGACACUAUUCUUGCACAGGAGUUUAUUGUUGGUUAUCUAUUUUCAAAUGAUGUCGAACUGGUUAUGUAUAAGACUUGUGGACAAUUCGUUAAAGACUGCUAGCAAACAUUUCAGUAUUAAUAAAGGAAGUCAUCAUAAAGAUAACGAAUCAGAGUUACAAGGCAUUGUUGUCAACGGUACAAACCAGGCAAUGAAGAGCUCAAUUCCGGGGCCUGUAUCAGCUCCAUCCACACCAAGACGUAGUUCUUAUUGGUCUUGGAGAUUGUGCAAGAAGUGUGAACUGACUGCCCCACCCCGGUGCCAUCACUGUCCUUUCUGUGACAACUGCAUCUUGAAACGUGACCACCAUUGCUUCUUCACGAGGCGUUGUAUAGGAUUUUACAACCAAAGACAUUUUGUGGUGUUUCUAGUUCGGGCAAUGUUUGGUACGUCUUAUACAUCAGUUUACUUUGUGCCGUACUUAUUCAAAGUUGUUCUUCUAUCUGCAUAGGAUUUAUUCGCACCAUUUGCAUUACUACGCGCAUGCUUAGGCUACAGCAGUUUUCAUAUAGCAAAUGUUAUGCUCACGUUUACAUUAAAUAUGCUGUUUGUGAUUCUGAGUUCUGCCUUUAUACAGGAACAGUUUGACCUAAUUAACGGCGGUAUAACCCAGUUUGAACAGAAGAAAGUGGAUACCAACAGAUUAGUGAUUUCUGAUCCAAGACCAUUUACGGACAAGCUGAAAUCUGUGCUUGGACAUAAUUAUUGCUUAUCAGUCAUCUUUCCAUGUGCGCACCUUUUCUUCCCGCCUCAUGAAAACCCCUUUGAAUGGCCCGAGCAUAAAAUCUAUCGUAAAUGAAGACUAAUUGUCAAUAGGUGAAUGCAUUAAAGUAAUGAAAGUUUCAGCAUUGGAAUAUUUCAUAAGACAGGGACAAAAAGAAUGACAUCUAACAUUUUGUGAAUACUGUAAAAUAAUUAGUUUUCACGGCGGACUAAUUUUCAUGGAUAUUGCGGUUACGUUAAUCUUCGAAAUCCCCCCCCCCCCCCCCC